AGAAGAGGAACAGUUACAGGACGAAGAAGAAGACCAGAACAGUCUAGUGUACAGUUUGCGAAGAACAGCUAUUGUAUACUGUGUCCCUAGUAUUGCAAUCGAAUGUUUAACGCAAUAGGUUGCGCAAGGGAUGUUGUAAGUCACUCUGAAAGCUACGUUUGUAACAUUGCAUAAUGUGCCUGGAAAAUUACAUGAGAAGGAGGACAGAAUCAUGACUGCAAGAUAAAUGUAUACGUUUAUCUGCAAAGAAAAACCAAGCUACACCAUUACUUGAGCAAAUAAGUGGCCGCUGGGCGGAGCUGUUGGUCCAUUCGACGGAACUUAUCUCAUAAACGCUACCUGCAAGUUCUUCACUCUGUCACAACAGGAGGUCUGAACUAGAGAUCAGUCCUCAGUUAUCACAGUAUGGGUGACCAAACUGUUGUGCCUCAAGAAAUUGGAGGGGUAUACUCUGCUCGGAAUGGAGCAUUGCUGGAGCCAGCUAAUCUAGAUGGGACUAUGUCUUUUACUGAUGAGGCAGUAUCGAUUUUGACCUCCAGCAGUAUGCUGGUACGUUCUCUCCUUGGCCACUCUACAGGCCAUAAGCGCAGAGGCAGCACCAGUUCUACCACCAAUAACAGCAAUGCACCACGCCGCAAACGGGAGUUUAUUCCAGAUGAGAAAAAAGAUGACGGUUACUGGGACAAGCGUAAAAAGAACAACGAGGCAGCAAAGCGCUCAAGGGAGAAGCGGAGGGUCAACGACAUGGUUCUGGAGAACCGGGUGAUGGCCUUGUUAGAGGAGAACGCGCGACUCAGGGCAGAGCUCCUAGCACUCAAGUUCCGCUUUGGCUUGAUCAAAGAUCCCUGUGAUACACCUGUCCUCGCUCUCUCCUCAGCUCCGUGCACCCAGCCAUCACCUGGUCCACGGUUCUACCAGCCCUACACCAGCAAUAUCACUCCUCCUCGCCUUCCACCUCCCCAACAGCAGGGGGCAACCUACGGAACGCGAGGCCUCCGCGAUGCCGGAAGCGCAUCCGAGGACUCAGGGUUCUCCACCCCAGGUGGCUCGAGCAUCGGAAGCCCCGUCUUCUUUGACGACGGCAUGAGCGAGCACAGCAAAGGUUCCCCCUGCGGCGGAGGGGAGGAGCCAACUUACGAGCACCACCCGUGUCCUUCCGCGGUGGAGACGGAAGCUCAUCCCACAGGUAGGGGUAUUUCAGCAAGACCAGAAUGCAGCGGAGAAAGUAUGAAGAGUCUCCCUCAUAAACUGCGAUUCAAAGUGCCAGGAGGCAACGAGGUCCCUGAGGCAGAGGUCAUUGUACCAGGAGAAACCAGAAACCACAGUCCCUUGCUAGCGAAGAGUCACGACAUAUCCCGAGAACAACCUAUGGCCCAGUACGGUUAUGGCGCGGUGGAAGGACAGGGUGUCUGGCAGGCACAGCAGUCAGGGGAGCACCAGUUCAAUCUCACACCAAACGGGUACAGCUCAGCUCCUCCGCAGAACCAGACGGACUCCAACGCGGAAAACAGUGCCCUGAGAUCUCAGCUGAGUUCCCUUAGCGAAGAAGUGGCUCAGCUUAAGAAGCUUUUCUCCCAACAACUGCUGUCGAAAGUGAACUGAGCCCAGUGGCGCAGGAAUCAAACCAGCAUGAUUACCUCAGCGUCUGGAGGAGCAGUUAGACAGGGAGAGACGGACAUACUCAGUUACACUAAAAAAAAAAAAAAAAAAAUAGGCAGUUUUAUGCAACUUGCCAAACCAAAUACUGUAUGGCCUUUUUCAUACUCAAACGUUCACUGUCGGUUUGCACCUUCACUCGGUAUAAAUCCUAUUUGUCUUUUUGAUAGAUGUGAUUUUAAUGUGGGGUCUAAAUCAUCUAAUAGUAUUGUUCUCUUUUGUGUUGUUUUGAUUAAAAAAAAGACAGACAAAUAAAAAACAUAAAAAACAAAAACAUUUAGAAUCUCUGAACAUCUAGCGUUACCAUUUUAAGUACAGUAUCCAUUCUCACAAAAUUAAUAGAACUACAGUGGUCAGUAGAAAAGUGAAGUCAGUAAUGCAAAGAUUCAGAUGUUUAUGUAAUCCACUUUGUAAUCUUUUGUCAUUAAUGGGCAUUUAUUUUAUUAUUAUUAUUAUUUUUUUUUAAUUCAGUAGGUAUUCCAUGAAGUGCUAUUUCUCAUUCUUCAGUAGGCAAACACUUAAGGAACAUUCCUAUUGGACACCCUUGACUUGUAGCUCAAGUUGUCUGACUAAUUGAGAAAUUUUGCUUUGUGGGAUAACCAUUCCCAAGUCACUGAUGUCACAUUCAUCUGUUGAUCCGUGGAGUUCUUGUGAUGAAUUUGAUCCGGUUGUGUUGUGAGCACCCAGAGCAAAUAUGCAUAUGGAACUGUUGCUGUUUUCCUCUGUCUAAGUGGUAACCGUAACUAUGCAUUCCUCACACUAGAGGUACUAUAGAUGUAGAGUUUGUUUGUGUUUCGUGUGCUCUUUGUGUUGUGUUGUUUGACACUGAAUGUCUACUUACUGUAUGAACUAAAAAAAAAAAAAAAAAUAUCAUUGUGAAUUUAAUUUUAGCAGAUUUUCUUUUACAUAACUUGACAGAACAUACAAUUUCAAUGUAAAAAUAAAAGUUAAAAUAAUCAGUCUUUGCUUUGAUACAUAUGAAUUUGUUCACUAUCUCUUUCCACAGUAUUAAAAAGGUAUACAAAACCUACUUACAUUGAUGUAUUUGUCAUCUUACAUGAGAGUUUUAAACACCGAUUACUUGAGACAGAACCGUUAGUACCGUUAUUGCAUAUGACUGUAAUAUGACAUGAACCGCGUCUUCUUUGUUUCUUGCACAUUCUUGCCAUUUGGUUAUUUUCUCAAGCCAAUGUAAUGUAAACAAUAUUUAUGUUAACUGUACUGUUAAAAUGCAAUAUCUUCAACAAGGACACACUGUAACUAUCAAAAGUUGAGAUCAUGUAGGCUAAUGCAAUGCAAAAUAAAUAUCUGUGUUUUUGUA